AUGAACCGUGUUAAUACAUUUUUUUGGUCUCGUUUGAACCCCACGGGUGAGCUCGUACGCUCGGUGGAUGUCCUGCUUCGGGAGCUGGUGCCGGAUGACAAGCUUGAUGCUGCCUUUGAAAGCUUUAGCAUUGCUGCAAGCUCAGGUGCAGCACUGACGGAGUGUAAACCUCAAGGUGACGACCGCCAUAGCGCUGCAGAGACUGUGAUAGCAACAGACACCUGUGAACCUGAUUAUGAAAACAAUCCACCACCCGAGGAAGAGUCGAGUGACGAGGAGUCGGCUACUGAAAAGACAGUGCCUGGUGAGCUUGAACGUAAGUGGGCAAAGAUUCGUGCUGUAUUUCAUGACUGGGAUGAAGAGCAGGGCGACCGUGAGAAGAAGAUGGACGACAUGGCCGAGUUGCUGCUACGCUAUCGAGUUCUUGAGAAAGUGCUGAUGCCUAAAGUGCUAGGACAGCUGACGUUUGAGACGCGCAAGUAUGUGGGUAAUGUGUUUCGGGCCAUGACGGUGCACAAUUUGCGCGGCUUUAUCGAGCUGAUUGGUGAGCGUCCAGAUAUUAUGCGAUGGCUUGUGGAAGGUUAUAAGAACAACGACACAGCACUUAUUUGCGGCUCUAUGCUACGCGACUGCUUCGAGUAUCAGACGCUUACGAUGAUUUUCUUGAACGACCUUGAACCAGCGUUCGAGUAUUUGUUUAAAGUGACGAUGGAGAACUGCAAUUUUGACAUUUCAGCUGACGCUCUCAUCAACAUAUCACGGCUUUUGACGGUCCACAAGAAGGUGACAGUGCAGCUAUUGGAUAAAGGAUUUGACCGCAUUUUUGGACUCUUGAAUGGCCUGUUGACGUCGGAAAAUUAUGCUACUAGGAGACAGGCACUGCAAUUGCUCUCUGGACUUCUGCUUGACCCUGUCAACUUUACUGUAAUGCAGCGAUACGUAUCUUCGCGCAGCAACUUGAAGCAAGUGAUGUUACUGCUGCGUGAACCAAGCGAGGCUUUGCGGAUGGACGCGUUUCACGUAUUCAAGAUCUUUGUGGCAAACCCGAACAAGUCGCCAGAGGUGGAGCAGCUCUUGGUGCGAAACCGUGAGAAGUUGUUGGCGUUUGUAAGCGAUUUUGGUAAGAGCGCGUCAAACCGUGAUUUUUUGCAAGAAAGGUCACUGCUCGUGUUUGCGCUGGAACGAAUGGCUUUGAAGGAGGAUGUACAGGAGAAGGUUCAAGAGCAAAGUACGCGACCGACGUCGUUAUCUAGUGCCGAACAAAUGCUACUAUCGGGUCCAGGGUCUCAAGUAUGUGCGAAUCCAAAGUAG